UUGUGCUUAUAAUUUUCUUUUAUUUAUAGACAAUUAACUUUACAUUGAAUUUAAGAUUGUUGACUAUGCCAUGAAUCGAAUUUAAGAUCAGAGUCAACCGGUGGUCAGAUCAGAGUCAAUAUUUACAACCUUUGAGCCUGAAAUCAAGCAGCUGCUUCUUGUUGGACUACAAGCAGAAUUUUCAUUUGUUAGGAGUAUGGCUCGCUUUGCUGCAACUCUUGGACCUGUUGCAUGCAAAGUUGCUUCCCGCAGGAUUGAGCAAGCAUUGCCUCCGGGCUGUAAGUUUGGUCGUGGGUGGGUUGGAGAGUAUGAGCCACUUCCAACACCAGUAUUAAUGCUUGAGAGUCGUGCUCCAAAGGAAUCUGCCCUGUUUAUAAAGUUGCAGCGUGCUGCUGAUGCUCGAAAGGAUGAUGCAACUUAUGAGACCCCGGUUCCUUCUACUGGUGUUCGAAAGGAUGAUGUAACUUAUAAGACGGCUGUUCCUGCUAAGCCACAUCCUCUCAAUGUCCCUGCUUCAGAAGGGAAAUCAUCUUCAUUUCGUCCUGUUAGUGGCCAACAUCAGAAAGAAGGCCAUCUUUGUUUGCAGCUGCUGGGCCAAAGCCUGGUAAGCCUGUUAAUAGUAUUCAUUAGAAGCAAAAUUUGCCUCCCAGGAAAUUUUCUGAGCCUGAGAACAAGGUCUCAAAGCAAGUUGAGUUGAACUUGCCACCCACCGCCAACAAAAAUAAUACUGAUCUUAUCACUGAGAAGAAAAAUUCAAAUAAAUCAGAGACAGCGGCUUCCAAGUCAAGAGAGAUGGUUUCAAGGAACAUGAGUCUUGCAAGGGUUGUAUCUUCAAAGCAGAUCGAAACUAAUGUAGCUGUUGAUGGAGGGUUGCCUAAUGGAAAAAUCUCAAGUAAUUGUUUUAACAAUCGAGCAAUGAAUCCAUCUUCUGACGGUAUUCCUACACAAAUGGCCAAAGCAGCUGCCUACUACUCCCAUGGACAGGAGCAGGGCCUCAAUGACCCAGUUCAGUUUAUGAGGAUUUUGGCAGAAAAGGCUCAAAAGCAACAAAAUUCUUCAAAUCAGUUCCCCCAGCUGAUAUUCCACCUGCUAUGCCAUCUGUUCCACCUAUACGAAGAGAUGAUUCGAGCAGUGCUGCCGCUGCUCGUGCAUGGAUGUCUGUAGGAGCUGGAGCCUUCAAGCAAGCAACUCAAAAUUCCAGCACUUCGAAAUGCCAGAUAUCUGCAGAGCCAUUACACAACCCAGCUAGCUAGGGAAUUUCAUCCACAAGGUUCACGAGUUCCAGGGGAGCUUCCUCUUUCUGCAGGGAUGAUAUUUCAGCCACAGCCUGAGAAGAACAGUUUCCCACUUCAUACUUUUGCACCCCAACCUGGUCGGUUGAUGAAUGAAGCUCAAUUCCAAAACCGACCCAUGGUUUUCCCACAACUAGUGGCAACCGACUUGUCUAGGUUGCAAGUGCAGUCCCCUUGCCCAGGUCUUAGUCCACGAACACAGUUAAGGCAUUGUUGUAACAUGCGGAUAUAAGAACUCGAUAGCUAAAUUUUGAAAUUUGAGAAGUUUGUCAUUAAUUUUUUUUAUUUAAAUGUGAUUGAAAACCUAUUAAAUUUAUUUUAUUUAAUUUUAAAUUGAUUUUAGAUAUAUCUAAAAAAUAAUAAUUUGAUCUGUAAGUUUAUAAUUGGAUUCGGGAAUACGAUUAUGUGUGGGGAAAGAUUAAGAUCCGUGAUGCCCGUUUCACAAACGGUACCGUUUAAUCGUAUGUUGUUCUAUUUAAACUUUAAUUUUUAAUUUUAUCCUUAUGUUUCCUUAAUCAUUGUUUAUUAUUUUAUUUUUAUUUUACUUAUAACCUAAAACUUAUUAUUUGAUUUUAUGGGUGUGACGCGCACAUGACACAAUUAUGAAAUGUAUGACAUAAAUCUCGAUAUAUGUCAAAUGAAAAUCUUUUAUUGAGAAUAUUUUUCAAAUUCGUCUAUCAUACUGAUGGGAUCCAGAGAUAUUCUCUCACUUAGAGAAUUACUCGAGAAAACUCGCAUUCACAAGCUUAUCAAGCAAAUACUAUCAUCAGAGAGAUCAUUUGUGAGUAAAAAUAUUUUCAUGAAUGCAAACCCUAGUACGAGUAAAAGUCUUUUAUUAAGAACAUCCUCCAAGCCCUCCAUCAUAUUAUUAGGACCUGAAGAUAUCCUUUCACUUAGAGAAUUUUUCGAAUAAACUUGCUUUUGUAAGCUUUCUCAAACAAUCCCAUCAUCAUGACCUUGACUCGCAUACAAAACUCGCAUACAAAAUAUAUCGAUAUAUUAUGACAUUUUGUAAUGCAAUAAUGGCUCAUGGCAUGCAAAAAAAAAAAAUCAAUAUUUAUUAUUAAUCGCUAUUACUAUAAUCCUAUCAUUUUUUAAAAUUUUUAUAUUGUU